AUGCUUUGGAUCCCCCGCGACCGGAUUGACUGGCGCCGUGGACACAUUGCUCUUGACACGCUGAUUCAUCUUUACAUCCAAAGAAGCCCCCUUCAGGCUUCGCUAGCCUCGCAGUCCAAUAUCCAAGCACUCACUACCACCCAGCUGACAAUUGAGUUUUACCUUCAAGAAUGGAUCCAGGACGCCCGGCAAGCGUUCGAAGAGGGACGAGAGGACGAGGGGAGAAAGCUAGCUGAUCGUAUUAUCAGGCUGUCUGCAGAGGAGAUUGCCCGUGCGUACAAUCAACACCUCCUCGCAAAAAUGCAGUCCUAUUGGGAGCGGGUACGUAACCACCUAGGACGCAGUGAACUUCCCGCCUUGUCCCAAUUGAAGCAAGCAAAGGAAGACUCAGACGCUGAGCGCAGCCGGAUUGUCACAGCUCAGACGAUAUUGGAAAUUUACAUGGAAGCCUGGGCGGUGUACACUUCGGUAUCGUCUGUAGAGUCUCUGCAAGAAGAACAGAUGCCCAGAGAGAUCCCCUGUUGGGUAAAAACUCGCAAGUACCAGCCGCCGAAAGACAACUGGAUGGACUUUGUAUUCGAACAUCUCUUGGCGCGCCCGAGCCCACCAACCUGGGAUCGUAUUUAUUUCCGUCAGGUGUACAGGACUUUCAAGUCAUUCUGGGACGUCAUCAGUAGGUCGGCAGGGUCUUUCGAUGACCGCCUGAGAGGUACGCUGGGCAGGUACAUCAUGGUCACCUUCAACAGUGACCAGGUGAAAGAGGUUGGCACAAACCACACUCGCGACACAUGGUACCACGGAAAACCGUCCUUUUUCCAGAUGCAAUAUUGGGCUCCGUACUUUUCUCCCCCACAGGCCAACAGCCAUUUCCGUUCGGGAUCGGUUUCUCGUCAUCAUAGCCACUCCAGGAGGUCGACACCCGAUAGGACCCUGAGGAUCUUGACAACCAAAGAGUUUCAGGCUGUCGAGAAAAAGGUCCACCGGGAUUGGCUACAGGCCACGUUUGAACCCGAUCAGCUACAUGCUGCUAGUCAGAGUGAUGUCGAUCGUCGAUGCCGACGGACACUACGAUGUGUUGCCCAACUAGCUGGUCCCACAUGGGGCAGUGAUGGGAGGUUAGAAGGUAUCAUACCAUGGAGACUUGGGCCGAAGGGGGGCCAAGGCCAUCAAGAUCAGCAUGCCUUCCACGUUCCUGUGCCUGCCACUGUUGUCGCCAGAGAAGGCCCUGACAGCCUUCAAAGUGAGCCUACGAUCAUGCUGCCGACUCGGCAUAACGUGAAGGGGCUGCUAAAUGCUCUUGGAUCCUUCCCCGAUGUUUCUUCAGGGUUGAUUCAAAGAUUACGAUGGGUAAAACGCCAACUCCAUAAUGGCGGUCGUCAAAAUGAAAUUCCCAGUCACCUCGAGGCGAAAAAGGAAGCGAGGGAAUUGACGCCGCAAUCACGAUCGCUGUUAAGACAGUUCCUAUCUCAGAAGGAGCCCCCAGAGUGGCACAUUGAGGCUGAAGAUAUUAAUGCAGUAGACAUGGGGUCUGAUGUGUUUGAGAGUGAUGAAACUGAGACUGAAACUGAGAUCGACACCGAUUUCGACGUCGAAAGCGACGACAUAGGUUUAUUAGAUGAACUGGAAAGUCUGUAG